AAAGUUCACGGGGCAAAUCUCUCUGGCCGCAAAAUAAUAUCAGAGCCAAAAAGUCGCCUUUUUUUUAAAAGGAGAAGGCCAAGGGGCACGAGGAGGAGAAUCGAAACCAACCCUCUCUGUUUCUUUUUUCAUCUUUCUGGUUUCUGGGUUAGGGUUUGUCUGAGGGGAUCAAACUUGGGUUUGGGUUGCUUUCCUGUUCUGGUUUCGUUUGCUUUUUCAUCUUCUGUGGUCUUCAUCGGAACAGAGAGAGAGAGAGAUGUUCUAUCAGUUGACCGCGUCUUCCUACCAGGACUGGUUGAAGAUUCUGGAGGUUGACAUAGAGCACGCAAAUGGACUAGCGGCAGAGAUUCCGAUGGGAAAAACCGGGGCUCGUCUCCGGAUGAAACUGGUCUGCAGCAACUUUGCUUCUCUCUUUCUCUUUCUGCUGCAAUGGACGGACUGCUCGUGCCUCCUGCCUCGAUAUCUAGACUUCUUCCAUAUACUCGUUUACAAGGUAUACUCUGAUGGGCAAUGGAGGCUUCCCACCCAUGGAAGGAAGGCUACGAUUAGGGAAUUCUACGGAGUGAUAUUACCGUCUCUUCAACGUCUUCACAGCAACUUUGCUGAGUUUCCCGGCCAAUGGCGGGGUGAUGAUGCGAAAGCCCUGGCCAAGAUGAGAUUCGACAAGGAGGAGGGUGGAAGAUUCAGCAGUAUUGACUUGGAAAGAGAAGACGAAUGCGGGAUUUGCUUAGAGCCCUGCACCAAAAUGGUCUUGCCCAACUGCUGUCAUGCAAUGUGCAUCAAAUGCUACCGCAACUGGAACACGAAAUCAGAGUCCUGCCCGUUCUGUCGGGGCAGCAUAAAGAGAGUAAACUCCGAGGAUUUAUGGGUACUGACGGGCGAAGACGACGUCGUGGAUGCGGAGACAGCAACGAGAGAGGAUUUGCUUCGCUUCUAUCUUUACAUCAACAGCCUUCCGAAGGAUUAUCCCGAUGUGCUGUUCUUAGUUUACUACGAGUACUUGAUAUGAUUAAAAGGUGAAGAAGAUGGAUCAGAUCAUAUCAUCAUCGUCUUCUUCGAUCUGUGUAUAGAUUUAGAUAGAUUUUGGGAGGAAAGAAAAAAAAAUCUCCCAGAGCUUUCAGAAAAUGUACAGAAAGAGUCUUCUUGUCUGGUGUUGCAGAGGUGUUUUCUUCUUGUUGUUAGAUUCAUGGAAGAUCAUCACAUGUCUCUGUUUUCAACACUUGUCUGAAAAAAUUUAUGAUCAGAAAUUUGUUAAGCUCUCUUGUUAGAUGAUGAUGAUGUUCAUCCA